CAUUAUAUAUAUGACUGAAUUGUGCAAUUGAAAUGUUUCCUCUUGGCAUGAAUAUAGCCCCUGCUGCUGACAUGGCAUUAAAUAAUAAAUAAAUAAAUCACAACAUGUUAUAUGUAAGAUAAUAUGUGUAUUAUAAUGAACUUAUAAUCUGCUAUAAUAUGGCGGUCGUUCUGGACCAGGAACACAACUAGCUAUCAUGAAAUGAACACAACAGGAGGGUAAAUGCUACAGGCUACAAUGGCAGUUAGUGUAACGUGUUAUGUAGUGUUUCAGGCAACGACAUGGCUUCAGCUAAGUCUCACAAAGGCAUGAGUAAUGCUGAAUGGCUUGCGCGUCUGGAGAGUUUUGCCCAAACAGGAGUUUGGCCAUCUACACAGGGGAAUAGACCUUCUCCCCGACAAAAAAGAUGGCAUGAGAUGUAUCAGAAGAUAGAAAAGUGCCCUCUGCAAAUGAGGGGACAGACCACUCUUCUGAAGGAAGCUCAGACAUGUAUUUGUGGCUUUCACAAGGUUCAUCCACCAGUCACAGGGGAAGCAUCACAGAGCACCCCGGCCCAAAGCACACCCUCUGUCAGCGAUGUGUCAUGUCCUGCAAAGAGACCUAAACUGACAUUGUCAAUGUUUGAAAAGUCAAGGUUUGGAGGCUCACAUGUGGCAGCAGCAAAACCUAAUUUGAGCACCCAGAGGAAAACCUCUCAGAUGUUAGAGCACUCCAGUUCAGCUACAGUUUCAUGUCCACCCUCUGAUCCUCAUCCUCCUCCAUCCCCCAAACCUCAUCAGCCCGUCAUCCAGUCCUCCUCUUCCUUCUUCCUUCCUCCACCUCAGAGUUCACAACGCAUCAAAAAAACAGCAACGCCAUCAACUGUUUCUGAGAAUACUGUUGUGAGGAGCCCACAGGUCUCAUCUCAGCCAGAAGAUCUCCCCCUUCUGUGGCCACAGACAAUGCCACAGCAAGACCAGAAGUGGGUGUCAGAAGCACUUUUUAGGGUUGGUGCAAAGGGAAAGCUGGAGCUGCGUGAAAACCUACAGUUGUGGUAUCACCCCCCACCACCAGCCCUGUUGUACCACCAAGCUCCAACACCUGAUAGGUUUUUUUCACAGCGUCUCUUGCUCUGGAUGCCAUAUAAGCUGUGGAAGGUGCGGCUCCAGUGUACUAACCCUGCCUGUGCCAGGCAACAGCUGUGUGGUGGUGGACUGCACAGGAGGGUACGACAGGUGUUAGACAUUGACAGAUACUACAACCUGGUGACAGAGACCCUGAUCUGCACCAGGUGUAGAACCAGCUAUCUGUCCUGGAGUCAAGCUGUGCUGCAGCAGUUGGACCUGGCCCAUCGAUCUGAAUUCAGGGUCAUCCUCACACGCAAGUAUGCCUGUGACAUUCGGGUUCUUCGCUUGCUGCGUGAGAGGGGCAUGGGGAAUGGCCCAGUGAGGAUCAUCGGCCAGCUGAGAGAGAACCACAGUGAGGAGUGGUUGAAACGUGCGCUUCGGUACACAUCAGAGUGUGUGGCCUUUUUUGAUAAUCGUGGCCUGCAUCCGCUGCACUUCCAGGAGCCACCACCACUUGCUUCAGUACCCAGCUACAAAUGGCUCCUCACUGUAUAUAGUCAGGACAUUCUCAACAGGCUCGAUCACAUAAAGGCCAGCAUAACAUCCACGUAUGGAUCAAUCUUAAAAAUGGAUUCAACUAAGAAGAUCACCAAGAAGUUGAGUGGGCCUGCGAAAGGCACAGCACAGUGGCUUACCUCAGUGGGCAAUGAGAUAGGUCAGGUGCUGAUGAGUGUCCUGACUGCGAAUGAAGGGGCUGGGUUAGACCUCAUGGCUGCAGGGCUCAUGGAGCGAUACCGGAGUGCUGGUGUUGAUCCUCCCACUAUCAUUUAUGUGGACUGUGAUUGUUGCAAGAAAGUGGGAGAGACUAAAUUGAAGAGGCGGUUCAGCGGCUGGCCAGAUGUCAUCGUCCGCCUAGACAUUUGGCAUUUUAUGCGACGUCUGGCAGUAGGGUGCACCACUGACGCCCACCAGUUGUACCCUACUUUUAUGGCAAGGCUGUCAUCCUGUAUUUUUGAGUGGGAUGCAGGGGAUCUCACUCUGCUGAGACAGGCCAAAAGGGAGCAACUCAUCCAACAGGGCUGGCCUACUCUGUCGGAGGCAGAACUGGACCAUCAUUUAACUAAAGCUGAGCUGCUCCAGCACUGCAGGAGGAGAACACGGGGAGAAGAAACCACUUUCCGCCUCCUUGAUAUGCUCAUCAGAGAGCUCAUGGGUGGCAAGGGGAAUGAUGCUCUUGGUGUUCCUCUACUUGACAGUGUGAGAAUGCAGCACAUCUGGAAUGUCCAGAGGCGGCACAUCACCUGUAUCCAAGACCCUCCAAAUGUGCCGCUCUAUACUGAAACUGGAACUACAAGCAAGGGUGGGGUGGUUCUAAAAACUUAUCGUUGUGCCAGAGGCUCCACAUCCCUGGAAUCAUUUCACUGCCACCUAAACAGAUUUAUUCCAGGGAACAGCGCAAACAGCCUGAACUUCCAGAUUUAUCUCCUGGAAGGUUUAUUACGCUGGAAUCAGGACCGGGCUGAAGCUGCUGUUGCAGAUGGAGGUUCAACUCUGCGCUCUUACACAGGGGAGCUGGUUUACUCUGUCAAUGAGAACUACAAUAAGUUGUAUGGCAGGAAAUUGGUCCCUAGCUUCACUCCACCUGCAGUAUACACAGGGGAGCUCAUUGGAGUACAGUACUUGUUGAGGCAGAAUAGUCAGCCCCUGGAGGACAUGUGCCCUACCUCUGAUAGGACCUCUCAAUUGCUGGAGGAGAUAGAUGUGGAGGAGCAAGUGGAAAAGGAUGAGGGUUUCAUUGAUUUCUUUGGAGAGGAAGCCACAGUGGCAAAUCUUGUGGCAUCAGAUGACUUAGUCCUUUCAGGUCCACCAGUUCUACCAGCUGCACCAGUUCCCAGUGUCCAGGCUCCUACAGCUGCACCACUGCCCAGUGUCAAAAUUCCACCACUGCCCAUUGUCCAGACUCCACCACUGCCCAGUGUCCAGACUCCACCAUUGCCCAGUGUCCAGACUCCACCACUGCCCAGUGUCCAGACUCCACCAUUGCCCAGUGUCCAGACUCCACCACUGCCCAGUGUCCAGACUCCACCACUGCCCAGUGUCCAGACUCCACCACUGCCCAGUGUCCAGGCUCCACCACUGCUCAGAGUCCGGGCUCCUUCAACUGCACCAGUGCCCAGUGUAGCUGCAUCACUGCUCAGUGUCCAGGCUCCACCAUUGUUCAGAGUCCGGGCUCCUUCAGCUGCACCAGUGCCCAGUGUCCAGGCUCCACCACUGCUCAGAGUCCGGGCUCCUUCAGCUGCACCAGUGCCCAGUGUAGCUGCACCACUGCCCAGUGUCCAGACUCCACCACUGCCCAGUGUCCAGGCUCCACCACUGCUCAGAGUCCGGGCUCCUUCAGCUGCACCAGUGCCCAGUGUAGCUGCAUCACUGCUCAGUGUCCAGGCUCCACCAUUGUUCAGAGUCCGGGCUCCUUCAGCUGCACCAGUGCCCAGUGUCCAGGCUCCACCACUGCUCAGAGUCCGGGCUCCUUCAGCUGCACCAGUGCCCAGUGUAGCUGCACCACUGCCCAGUGUCCAGACUCCACCACUGCCCAGUGUCCAGGCUCCACCACUGCUCAGAGUCCGGGCUCCUUCAGCUGCACCAGUGCCCAGUGUAGCUGCACCACUGCCCAGUGUCCAGACUCCACCACUGCCCAGUGUCCAGGCUCCACCACUGCUCAGAGUCCGGGCUCCUUCAGCUGCACCAGUGCCCAGUGUAGCUGCAUCACUGCUCAGUGUCCAGGCUCCACCACUGCUCAGAGUCCGGGCUCCUUCAGCUGCACCAGUGCCCAGUGUAGCUGCACCACUGCCCAGUGUCCAGACUCCACCACUGCCCAGUGUCCAGGCUCCACCACUGCUCAGAGUCCGAGCUCCUUCAGCUGCACCAGUGCCCAGUGUAGCUGCACCACUGCCCAGUGUCCAGGCUCCACCACUGCCCAGUGUCCAGGCUCCACCACUGCUCAGAGUCCGGGCUCCUUCAGCUGCACCAGUGCCCAGUGUAGCUGCAUCACUGCUCAGUGUCCAGGCUCCACCACUGCUCAGAGUCCGGGCUCCUUCAGCUGCACCAGUACCCAGUGUCCAGGAUCCUUUAGAUACACCAGUGCCCUCAGCAAUGGCUGUUGACGAACACUGCAUUCCUGGAAUGGACCGGGUGGAUGCGUUGGCAGAGUGUCUGGUGGAGCUGCGCACACAGACAAGCCUCACACUUACCAACCAACAAGUUGCGACCAUUGUGGGUCUGUGGCAGAACCUGGACAAAUUUGAUAAAGACAGGGUGGUGUAUGCUGCUCGUCAUCAAGACAGGCUACUUACAGGACGUUUUAGGUCCCCAAAAAAGAAAGCUGUCUUCACUCCUGGUGUCGACAGCACAAAAAGGUGUGUUUUGGGUUCUAGCGGCUCUCCAGCACAGUGGCCUAAUUGCUGUCGCCUUGUUGAAAUGAUUUUCAUAAGGUUAUGUAACAUCCACCGAAGCCCCAAGAAACAGCGGACAGAAUCUCUGUCUAGAUGGGAUCUCAUUCUUCGUGAUUACAGAAAAAUUCGGCAGCUAAUCCUGAGCAAUGGAACGGUGAUGAAUGACACAACCCUUCAGCUAGUUGAGGUAAAUCAGAGGACCCUUACGACAUGGCACAAUAACCGUUUAAAGGGUCAGGAGGUCUCCUUGCUGUUGCAAGGGCUGGACCUUCCAGAGGCACGUCCAGUGGCUUUGGAUGUUUUGCCUCCAGCACGAGUACAGCCUGUUGUGCCUCCACAAUAUAGCCACCAGUUGCAUACCUACCAGAUGCCACCAGACACAGCUGGACAGGCAAAGACAAAGUUUAGAAAGAUUGCGCCCUCAGCUACCUGUACAUCUGCCACAGCAACUUCAAUCUGGCCAUCAGCCGUACACCCUCAGCGUUCAGCCACGUCCAGCCAGCUAAGGACAAUUUGUCCCAGGCCGACAGCACCACACCCAUUGGUUCCUGACACACCCACUGCCCCUGUUGUGUCUCAGAUGUUUCUGGUGCCCUGCCCAGCCCCAUUUUCCACCAUUAACCCUGGAGCAAUUUCCUCUGAGCCACCUGCAAAUGACACAGCCACUCCAACCAAACGAUCAUACAAUCGCACUAUUGACGAGCAUAGCUGCGAAUGA